AUGGCUUUCCUGCAGAGGCCGUAUCGUGGCGGUGUCAUCAGGCACUGUCUUGCAGGAGCGCAGACCAUGUGUACCACCAGCCUGACCACUUGCGAGUGGAAGAAAGUCUUCUAUGAGAAGAUGGAGGUGGCCAAGCCGGCCGACAGCUGGGAACUCAUCAUGGAUCCCAACCUCAAGCUCAACGAGCUGGCCCCUGGCUGGAAGCAGUACCUGGAACAGCAUGCCUCGGGCAGGUUCCACUGCUCCUGGUGCUGGCACACCUGGCAGUCGACCCACGUGGUCAUCCUCUUCCACAUGUACCUGGACCGCGAGCAGCGGGCGGGCUCGGUGCGCAUGCGCGUCUUCAAGCAGCUGUGCCACGAGUGCGGCACGGCGCGGCUGGACGAGUCGAGCAUGCUGGAGGAGAACAUCGAGAGCCUGGUGGACAACCUCAUCACCAGCCUGCGCGAGCAGUGCUACGAGGAAGACGGCGGCCAGUACCGCAUCCACGUGGCCAGCCGCCCGGACGCGGGUCCGCACCGCCCCGAGUUCUGCGAGGCCUGCCAGGAGGGCGUCGUGCACUGGAAGCCCAGCGAGAAGCUGCUGGAGGAGGAGGCCACCACCUGCACCUUCUCAGGGGCCUCCAAGCCAAGCGCCCAGGAGGGUUCCGGCUACAGCUUCUUCUCGCUUCGCUGGUGCCUCUUCGGGGCCGCCCUCUGCCUGCUCAUUGUCUCCCUGCAGUUCUCCUUCCGCAGCUCUGCCUUCCUUUAGUGGAGCUGCGCCCGUGGGGUGGGAAGGUUCUGGCUGCAGUUCUUCUGCAGAGUCAACAGGACUCUGGACAGCUCCCUCCGGGCCUCAGUUUAUUCCUCCAUGGAAUGGGAGGUUUGCUCUGGGAGAUACUUAAUGGUCCUGCCAUUAAAAUGUAUAGUGAUGGGGGAGGGGAAGAGGGUCUAGGGAGGAUUUAGGCCCGGUGGUAGUAAAUAAACCCACAGGGAGGUAUCUUCUCCCUCCACUUCCUCCACAUCCCGACCCCUCCUUUUUUGCUUCAUUUCCAUAUCCCACAUCCCAUUAGGACCCCAUUAGGUCCUGUCUUGCCCUGGCUUCAUCUCAAGGCCGUCUUCAGCUGCCUCUGACCAUCCUGCCGCGGUUCUCCUUGGAGAGGGCAGUGAUCCCACCCUAUGCGCGAAUAUUCAGUGCAUUUUCAUUCAGUCCCUCUCCUGGAGAGUCUGCUCCCACUCUUCUGAAAGUUUCAGAUUGUUACUUUGGUGCUCGAGCCUGCUUGGCUGGAAUCAUUUAGAGCUGCACUGUCCAAUAUGGUGGCCAAUAUGUGGCUAUUUGAAUUUAAAUGAAUUAAGAUGAAAUGAAAUUCAGAAUUCAGUUCCUCAGUUGCACCAGCCACGUAGCAAGUGCCCAGUAGCCAUAUGUGGCUAGUGGCUACCAUACUGUGCCGUGCAGAUGUAGCACAUCAUCAUAAAAAUUUCUAGACUAGAGCUUGAAGUUACUAGUUAAACGUAUGUGGACUCCUAAAAAUAAGAGAGGGACACAGGUUUAAAGGUGCAGCAGGAA